UUGGCACUCGUAACAAAUUUGGAUUUAAGAGUCGCUCAAAAAGAGAGGUGUUGUAAAAACAAAAGUGAAAAUUGGAGGCGUAAUAGGAGGCAUAAAAUAACAGUAAGAAGCUACAGUUGACGGUAAUUCAUAAGGUCAGGAGACUUCAAUUUUGUCUUGACGUUUUAUGCAACAGCAAGGAUAACUAGGGGCAUAAUCCAAGAGUUCAAAACCUACAGAUAUCAUGCAGACUAAAACUAUAAACCAAGAUAACCAGUCAGAUACCUUACUUUCUGCCUCUGCUAAUGGUCAACUAAAGGAGGUAUCAAUGAUGUAUUCUCGUCAGGCGUCAAGAGAGAUUUCCUUUAAUAAAGAGGACCCUAAUCAACCAAUUUCGGAAGACCAUAUUAGAAGUAUACCUAUUAUAGUAAAAUCAGAAAGCGUCGCAAACAACAAAAAUGAAGGCGUUUCAGAACAGCAGAAUACUGAAGAUCUUCGAGAUGCUUGUGGUAGAUUAUUUGGAAGAGAAAAGAGAGAAUACUGGGGAAAUUGUGUUAUGACAAAUCAUACUUACAUCAAUAUGGGCCACAAUUUAAAGUCUUCAUUCGAGUAUGAAAAGGUCACCACGAAGGAGACUAUAGGUAAACCUAGUCAAGAAAAAAACUGUGUUUCUUUGAGUAUAGACAACAUUACAGCAACACGUGAACCGUCAACUAAAGGUGUUUUCGAACACCUUCCUUGUAAUUCUAGAAUUGUGAAACAAUAUGCUAUUUCUAAUAAUGAACUUCCAAGAAGAGAGUGGUUAGAAUUACGAACGAAGUCGUCCUCACCUGCUGAUACACCGUAUCACUAUUUAAACUUAAAGGACUUGCAAGACAACAACAAGCAUGCUAAAAGUGGUUCUUUAACUAUAUUUAACACUGAGCCCAGAGCAACAAGUUGCACAAGUCAUGUGACAGAGAACGAUUCCUGCACGAAGUACGUGAAAGCACCAGGACGUAAAAAUCUGAGGCCAACGGAUAGACAUAUUGUACGAGACGACGCACAAACACCAAGUGACCAGUACAAGUCAUCUUCUGAAUCUGGAUUAGGCACCCUUGGUAGUGGUGCUCAAAGCCUUAAAAGUCCAGCUUCGGGGAAGAGUAGAACAACUAGUGCAGGAAGUAAUCUCGAUACCAGUAUUGACUCUGAUAAUAGCAUAGGUGGUGUUAUAUGGCCAGACGGAUCCACAGCAGCGCAAAAGUACGAUACCGGUCGUGGAAUGUCAAAAAUAACAGCAGAUAUGGAAACCUUCGAGUGGAGUGACGUUGGAGAAGCGAGAAAGGAACACGAGUGUCGCAAUUUUAUACCUAUACAUCUUCGGAGGACAAAAGAAAUAACACAAACUCUUGACUUUGAUACUAGCGGCACUGGUUCCGAGACCAUUCUUGUGAAUCCACCCCUUCCUUCCAAAUCUCCACCCAGCUUUCAAAUCGUAAACCCAGAAAGUUCGCCAAAAGUAUCAUUACCAACCAAAUAUACACUGUCAUCCAGCGGUUCAGCCCUAAACGUCAUGCAUUCGACAAGUGAUGAAACAAAAAAGGAUCAAUCAGAAAAUAAUCACUGCCAUAAUUUAACAACAACAAAGAUCGUGGGUAAAGGUGUUCCUGCCAAAAAGAGUGGUAUACGGAAGACAACAGGUGUUACUCAAGGAGCUUUUAAACACUGUGGUAUACGCACGAAACAGACAGGGGUGUUUAAACCAAUAGAAGAAAUGACAAACAACCAUCAGAGAAUCGAACAGUAUCAGUCACCUGAAAAUAGCCGCCUAGUAGCAACGUAUAAAACUAGACAAGCUGCAGCACAAAAUACGAACAGAAUUCAUUUAAACACAAUACACGGGAUAACAUCUUACACAGACCCAGUGGACGCAGAAGUGACGUCAACUACGACGUGUCUGGAUUUGGAGAGUUUAUUGGAAGAUACAUAUGAAUACAGCAGUGAGGUCAGCGCCACGACUAGUAACACAGAGAAUGACAUUGGAACGAUACGAAAACAGCUCGAGAGCCUGGAGACAAUGUAUUCUGAGGUUCUAAAACUAUUAGGCUUAAAAAGUAACAAGCGAGGCGUAAAGCCACGAGAGGGAGUUACUGACGGUUUAAGAACCACCAGACGACAUAUAGAUGGCAGUCUACUGUCACUCACCAGACGGAGUUCUGUCGGACGAGGAUCAAACAGUUUUAAAGACAGAAGAAGCCAGGAUCACAGACGAAGAACAAAAGAAUCAAAUCAUAGUGUGCAGAACAAGCGGUUUCUGCGACUGGAAUCCCACGUUGUGACGUUAGCUCGAAGCGUGGCACAUCUCUCGUCUGAGAUGCGCACGCAGCAAGUUAUAGCGCGAGAAUUAGAAGCAUUACGUCACGACGUCAACUGGCUACGGGAACAAUUUCGCUCACUGGAAGAUUCUGCUGGGGACAUUUCGAGCCAUUGUCGUGGAGCACGUGCGUAUAGAAGGCAGUAUAGUCAAAGCAGCCGAGAAUGGGAAAAGUUUCGUCAAGACUUUUUAGAACUACCUAAUCUCGACAAAGUACAAAAACUAACAAAGUUUUUUGGAGACGAACCUCCACUGGUCCGACAAUUUCUCAAGAAACUUGGUUAUGAGAAAUAUGCUUCCAAUUUUGAAACAGAAAAGAUCGGCAUAGUGGAACUCCCUUAUCUCACAGAAGAACGUCUGCAGAAAAUCGGUAUACCAAUGGGGCCAAGAUUGCGUAUUCUACAAGAAGCCAAGAUGGCUUUCCAACAGGAUCCACUCAAUAGUUGCUUAGUAUGAAAUAUUUAAAAUACAAGAAUUAUUGCAAGUAAACACAUCUUUAUUACUUAAAUAGACGCUUCGAUUAUCACUUCAUUCGUACUUGUUAAAUCUCAAAAUUUAAAUUGAUGGAGCAUGCGUGGAAUUUGAGUAUUUAUGCUGCAAGAAUUAGAAGGGGAACUUGUCUUAGGUACUAAAUCUACCAAAUGAUAACUUACACCAAUUUUAUAGAUUUACACCUCUUAAUGCACACGUUUUUUUUUUUAAUUCUCAUUCACGUGGUCUUGGCCAAGCUGUAAAGAACAUUACUGAAAAUUAUUUGUCCAAAUUGCUUUGA